AACACAUCCUCAUCUCAAGCAGUGCAUCUGCUACUUGUUACUUCCUCUCUUCCUCUCUCGCUUGGGUUGGUGUAUCGGGAGGCAAGAUGUUGCACGGCUUCUUUGACGCCAUCACCGGGAAGCACCAUGAACACCAUGAAGCCCCGAAGUCGUCGACGACGGUGAAAGGCUCGGUGUUGCUGAUGAAGAAGAACGUGCUGGACUUCAACGACUUCAACGCCUCGUUGCUCGACGGCCUGCACGAGUUCCUGGGGAAGGGCGUCAGCUUCCAGCUCGUCAGCGCCACCGUCGCCGACCCCCACAAUGGAAACAAGGGGAAGAUAGGCCCACCGGCAUACUUGGAGGAAUGGAUCACGACGAUGACGUCGGUGGCCACCGGCGAGACCAAGUUCACCGUGCACUUCAGCUGGGACGAGAGUCAGGGCGUCCCCGGAGCCAUCAUCGUCAAGAACAACCACCACUCGGCGUUCUACCUCAAGACCAUAACCUUGGAGGGCGUCCCUAACAAGGAGCAUAUCCAUUUCGUCUGCAACUCUUGGGUGUACCCCGUCGACAAGUACAAAUACGACCGUAUCUUCUUCGCCAACGACACAUAUCUUCCGAGCAAAACGCCGGAGCCACUGAAGCGAUACAGGGAGGAAGAGCUCGUCCACCUCCGGGGCGACGACGUGACCGGGGAGCUCAAGGAACACGACCGCAUCUACAACUAUGCCUACUACAACGACCUCGGCAACCCCGACAAGGGCCACGACUACGCCCGCCCCAUCCUCGGCGGAUCCCAGGAGCAACCUUACCCACGCCGCGGCCGCACCGGCCGCCACCCCACCAAGACUGACCCCAAUUACGAGAGUAGGCUGCCGCUUCUCAGCCUGGACAUAUACGUUCCGAGGGACGAGCGAUUUGGGCACCUCAAGAUGUCUGAUUUCCUCGCGUAUGCCCUCAAGUCAUUGACGCAGUCCCUUCUCCCGACUCUCAGCGCCGUGUUUGAUACGACUCCGAUGGAGUUCGACUCGUUCAAGGAUGUGCUGCAGCUGUACGAAGGCGGGCUGCCGAUUCCUCAGAGCCCCGAGCUCGACGAGAUCCGCAGCCACCUGCCCUUCGAGAUGCUCAAGGAGCUCGUCCGCACCGACGGGGAGCGAGUUCUCAAGCUCCCGCUUCCCCAGGUCAUCCAAGAGGAUAGAAAUGCGUGGAGGACCGAUGAAGAGUUCGGAAGGGAGAUGCUCGCUGGCGUCAACCCUGUCAUCAUCAGCCGUGUCCAGGAGUUUCCUCCGGUUAGCAAGCUUGAUCCGAAAGUAUAUGGCGAUCAUACCAGCUCGAUCAACGCAUCUCACAUCGAGAAGAAUCUUGAAGGCCUUACUGUGCAGAAGGCAAUGAAGGAGAACAAGCUCUUCAUUUUGGAUCACCAUGAUGCCUUGAUGCCGUACCUGAGGCGCAUCAACUCUGGUUCCAACAAGAUCUACGCCAGUAGGACCCUGCUGCUGCUCAAGGAUGAUGGCACUCUGAAGCCACUUGUCAUCGAGCUGAGUUUGCCGCACCCUGAUGGAGAUCAGCACGGCGCCGUCAACCGUGUCUUCACACCGGCCGAGCAGGGCGUGGAGGGGUCGAUUUGGCAGUUGGCCAAGGCUUAUGCUUGCGUCAACGAUUCCGGCUAUCACCAACUCAUCAGCCACUGGUUGAACACGCACGCGGUCAUUGAGCCUUUCGUGAUCGCCACCAACCGGCAGCUCAGCGCCGUCCACCCAGUCUACAAGCUUCUCGGCCCCCACUACCGUGACACCAUGAACAUUAACGCAUUGGCGCGUCAGACCCUCAUCAAUGCCGGAGGCGUCCUGGAAUCGACCGUCUUCCCGGGAAAGUACGCCAUGGAGAUGUCGUCCGUGGUUUACAAGAGCUGGAAACUGACAGAGCAGGGGCUACCAGAUGAUCUCCUCAAGCGAGGAGUUGCGGUGGAAGACCCGGCGAGCCCGAACAAGCUCCGCCUACUGAUCAAGGACUACCCCUUCGCCGUCGACGGCCUGGCAAUCUGGUCUGCGAUCGAGACGUGGGUCACCGAGUACUGCUCCAUCUACUACAGCAACGACGCGGCGAUCCGCGCCGAUGUCGAGCUGCAGGCCUGGUGGAAGGAGGUCCGCGAGGUCGGCCACGGCGACAAGAAGGACGAGGAUUGGUGGCCCAAGAUGCAGACCCUGGCGGAGCUGGCCAAGACCUGUACCACCAUCAUCUGGGUGGCCUCCGCCCUGCACGCGGCGGUCAACUUCGGGCAGUACCCCUACGCUGGCUACCUCCCCAACCGGCCCACCAUCAGUCGGCGGUUCAUGCCCGAGCCGGGCACGCCGGAGUACCACGAGCUGGAGAAGAACCCGGACCUAGCGUUCCUGAAGACCAUCACCAGCCAGUUCCAGACCAUCCUCGGCGUGUCACUCAUCGAGGUCCUGUCGCGCCACUCCUCCGACGAGGUGUACCUUGGGCAAAGGGACUCGCCGGAGUGGACCACGGACCGCAGCGCGCUCGAGGCGUUCGAGCGAUUUAGCCAUAAGUUGAUCGAGAUCGAGAAUCGGAUCAUAAGCAUGAACCAGGACGCGAGCCUGAGGAAUCGCACCGGCCCGGUUAAGAUGCCCUACACGCUGCUCUACCCCAACGUCUCCGACUUGACCGGCGUCGGCGGGCUCACUGGACGGGGAAUCCCCAACAGCGUCUCCAUCUGAGCUCGGGGAUUCGAUGUGCGUUUGGUUUGGCCAGUGCGGCAGUAUCGAAUGUCACAAUAAGAGUGUGCUUCCGGUGUGAGGAACUCUCGAGAAAGUGAAUCUGAAGAGGGAUUGCAUGUGUA